CUUUGAUCGACCCCUUCUGUGCGGAGCAUCAGUGAACACAAAACGAGAUAAACUACAGUAGCCAGCUUAUGGCGAGAGCAUGUACCGGUGGCGCGCGUGAUCGGAAUCGGAACAGGUUCGUUCCUCCCUGGGAAUCGUAUCUCUCAGCCAAGCCCCAUCAGCACGCUUGUCGUCCACCGUUGCGCUUAUAUUGGAGUGGUAUACCUUGCGAGCGAAGAAGUUCACAGUGAUUACCAUCCUCGGCACUACGCUCCCCGCCAACCGGAUGGAAGAAACUCGGUCGUUCCGUUCGGUCGUUCGUUCAGACUAGGAUGAGGAGGUACUGUAAGCAAGGCUUGUUAUCCCUCGUAAGCACGUGAAGCACGUAUUCGGGUUGUAAUUUUAUUAGAGGAGAUAUAACCCGCAGCGACCUCUAGCUCAGCGGGUAAACCUAUCUGGCGUAGCGAAACGUAUGAGAUAUAGUUCCACUAAACAGGAACGACGUCUUCUCGUCACAAACGACAGACAAGGAGCGGCAGCAGCAUCACUCCGACGAUACCGAAGAGAUUGGGUAUCGAUCAUUCGAUUGCCGUUCGAGCGCGAGAAAGGUUGUAUAAAACCACCACCUGGACGCUGUCCACCCAUCAGUCUGAUGCUCAUCUUGUUGCUUCAUUGCCGAGGACUAUUUUUUGCGUUGGAACUUUCUCACCGAUUGAGAUACGUGAGUUAUGAAGAUGAUCGUAUUAUUUCCAAUGGUUCUGGCGAUCGUCGUCGGUGCAGCAGUAAACGAAAGGAGGAAGAGUAAACGGGACCUGUGGGACGAUCUUUCACAGGCUGACGAAGUAUCACUCGAGGAUCUUCCGGAUGAUCACGAAUUGGACAACUUUCCCAAGGAUUUGGAAUCGUGGAAUCCAUCGCAUCGUGACAAGGAAGUGAAACACGUUCCAGUGCCUUACCUAGUUGAGGUCGAGAAGAAGGUACCGGUUGAAGUGAAGGUGCCUUUCGCGGUUCCGGUGGAGAUCGAGAAGAAGGUUCCUGUUAUUGUGGAGAAAAAAGUGCCAGUGAUCGUAGAGAAGCGCGUUCCCGUCCACAUUGAUCGCCCAGUGCCAUAUCGGAUAAAGUUCAUUCAGAAACAAUAUGUCCAUGUGCCGAAACCGGUUAUAGUGCCCAUUCCAAAGCGUGUCCCAGUGUUUCUGGAGAGGCCAAUUAUUGUGGAGAAAACCGUUCCACUGACCAUUCACAUACAGGAGAGAAAAAGGAAGAAGACUACUUUUCGGUUCCACAGGUAGUCAAACAUUGUUGAGAUCGAGUUGUUCUAAUGAGACUGAAUAAAAUUCGUUUUCCG